AUGGUUACACGGGUGAAGACGAAUCAGAAGAGCUCUUGUCCAGAUUGGAAGCUGAGGUCGAGACUUGGCGUAAUCGUUAUGAAAGCAAUAAAACAUUUUACUCUGCAGUGGGACAAUGGCAUAACAUAUUUUCUCAACUGGGUGAUAUUGAGACUAAAGGAGGUUGAAAUGCGCUAUGGAACAAAAGCGGCUGCAAAGUUAGCACUCCCUGCUACUUUAUCAGCCAGCAAGAGGCCACUUGCUGCUCUGAACAACACUCAAUUUGGAGCUAUCCCAAAUCCAGCCCAUAUUCCAAGCAAAUUAAGAAAAAUUGAUCAGGCUCUCUGUCAGGGAAUCGCUUCCUCUACAAGCAGUUUGUCAUCUCUUGCCUCCACUCGAUUUAACAACUCAAGGAAACCGAUAGAUACCUGUAAUUCUUCGCUACUGACUUCUGCGACGUCUCUUCCCGAGAAACCUACUUCUAUCGCACGAAGAAUACCAAUCCUUCUGACUCAAAGGACACCAUCCGCGAACCCAACUGGGAAACUCGCCUUUCUUUCCCCGUCUAGACAUGUGGCAACUUCACGUGGCGUUGAUACUGCUAAAGAUUAUAGAUUGAGGUCUCACAAUAGAGGCAUUCCCGCCUCUAAAACCACUUCUCCAUUUUCCUUGAAAAGGCGAGCACAUGAGCCUUCUCCCAGGCCAGUUACUCGAUGCAUCUCCCAGCUCCACUGGCACCCCCGUAAGACGAUUCAAGUCACCUCUUGGCGCAGCCCCUAA